UUUAUCAGCAGGAUCUCUCGGAAGUGCGUCACAGCUGCUCAGGGUUAUGGCCUCCAGCGCUCCUUCCUCUCAUAUAUUUUAGCUUUUAGCACCUCGCCAGUCUCGUAAUUGGACGACGUUCAUUUUCUCGCCAAAGACAACUACGUACACUAAUGAACAAUUUGAGGAAUGGAGCACUCAGGGGAUCAAACAAAGAUUCACUUCAACCCAGACUUCAUAUCAAGAGGCGGAACACUGCCGCCAAACCAGCGAGUUCACAUCAAUCCAGCUUUCCUUCAGAAAUCUCAGCCACAGAAGUAUGUCACCCCUGCCGUGCCCUACGCCCCCAGCACAGGCCUUGGGCAGCACUGGCAGGGACUGACCUCAGGGACUGGUGGACCUGUCUCUCAGAUGAGUGCCAGUCUUCUCCAUACACAAGAUGGAAACACAGCUACAAAUGUAUAUUCCUACAGUUCAAAGACUCAUGACCGUACAGUACUAAUUAAUCAUCCAAAGAGCCAUAGUAAUUUGUAUAGAAAGAGUAAUCUUUAUAAUCCAUAUGAUAAAAGUUUUUCUAGACAUAAGCAGUUACCGCAGACCCAGAACAUUGCUACUAAGAACCCAGGAGUUAUGAAGCAUCCUUCCACUUACUCAUGGAAGGCUACAAAUACCAUCAGUGGAGCUUCAUAUCAAAGAAAUUCAUCCAUGUCAGUGAGUGGCCCAAGUAAUUAUGCUUUCCCAAAUCCAGCAUCUAAAUACUCUUCAGUCAAUAAAUCUUUGAUUCGCACCACAAUUGCAACCAGAGUUGAUGCCAGUCAAGGAGACACUCAACUUAAGAAAAACAACCCUCUUGCUUCACAUUCUAGUCUUCACCCCAUCUCCUGUGACAAGAGAGAUGCUCAGUCAACAAGAUGUUUGGUUAAGGUCAAUACAACUUCAAAUCUGGAUGUUCAUAAAGUUAAGAGUGAACCAGCACCUCCCACAAUAGUGCCACAAGGAAAUUCUGGAAAAGUCACACAGAAUGCAAGUCAGAGUUUGCCAGUCAUGAAAAUUCAGAGUGAACCAAAGCUUGCUGAAAAAUUACCACAAGCUGCAGGAGGUGCAUUGAAAACAGGUGAUUCACUUAAAGCACCAAAAGGAGAAGUAAUUCUAACAAGUAGUCCACCAGAAACUCAGGUCACACUUUCAUGCACCACAUUCAAACCUGUUCAAGUGACUCCAAAUCAGAAAUGGGUCAGCAAAACUAAGGUGGUGGAUUCUUCCAAAAAGCCAGUAGAGACAAAAGGUGUCAAAAGUGGUAGUGCAAAGAUUGUAUUGAAAACCCCAAAGCAGAAAGGCAACUACAAAAUCAUAACCAAAACAAAACUAGUGCGGGUUAACUCAAACAGUGCAAGCAAGAACAAGGUACAGCUACAGGCAGUGACUCGAGGACAAGUUCAGUCAGCACAAACCCCAAAGACAACCCAUGCUUCUCCAAGAGUGGCAGCCAUUUCAAGGCAUCAGAAGAUCUCUCCACUGAUCAGAAUACAUCAGACUGCAGCAAGAUUCAGCAACAAGAAGAAGUAUUCAGUUCUGUCUCACACAAAACUCAUAAGAAGGCAGAGUUUGACAGGUAAAGCUGGAACACCUGGGAAACCAAAGUACACAGUUAACACCAAAACUAAGCUGAUCAGGAGGAGAUCCAACAGUGGCACAGGUGGCCCUAAAUCUGCAAGCAAAAUAAGUGAAUCCAAAACGAAAACUAGUAAACCAGAAAUCGAAAAGCAGAAGAAAUUCCAUGUCCUCUCAAAGACUAAGAUAGUGAGAAGAAGAUCCAGUUCGGGUACUUACAAAGCAGCUUCAGCACAAGUGGCAACACCUGGACAUUCUAAAAAACGUGCCAUUGUAAAGCGACACAAGUUGGUUCGAAAUGUUUCCUCACCUUUCCUCAAACAUGAGACCGCAAAGUUCCCAAGAAGUGUAAAUACUGCCUUCAAAGUUAUAAAUACCACCAAGUUCUCAGCCAAACAAAGGAUUGCCAAAGGAAUUGUCUCCAAGUAUAAGAUCAACCGAUUGAAAAUGGAGUCUUAUGAUGGUUUUAAGAAAUAUAAAUGCUUUGAUCGCUAUAAAGUUAACCGAUUGAAGCUAGAAUCUGUUAAUGUGCCUAGGAGAUAUAGAAUGUUCAGUGGUUAUUCUUCUAAAGCAGUGCCGAAAAACAAAUACAAGUUCCAGAACAAGAAAACAUCGAAGCACUCAGACAGAUUCAUCAACAUUGGUGGAAUACUUUACAAGUCUACCAAGACAUCACUGAGGAAACAGCUGCCUAAAGUUAAUGAGACGAGCUCAAAUAAACGUGGCUCAACCUGCAUUGUGCUGCUGCGAGGGGAGAAGUUCCACCUCACAGCCGGAGGAAGAACACUGCAGCGCGUCAAGGACUCCAUGUCAUCCAAGAGCAGCCUGCCCAGGGUGCAUCUGGGUGGCCUGACUUACUCCCGCACCAGGACAGGCCUGUAUGAACUGACCAAGACUCACCAGGCUCGUGCAGUCCUGAGCUCGGCCAGACACCGCAGCAUGGUGACACUCAUGCACAAGAGGAAGAAGGCAUCGUUCCAGAAGAGGAAUGAAUACUGUAUGUUCUUCAAUCGCUUUGGCCGUUGCUCAAAGAAGAACAGGGGAGAGUGUCCUUACAUUCAUGAUCCAAGUAGAGUUGCUGUCUGUACAAGAUUCCUGAGAGGCCGCUGCCGUGUCAGCAACUGCCCAUUCUCACACACAGUGAACCCAGACAAAAUGCCAGUGUGCUCCCACUUCCUGCAAGCUGCCUGCACCCGAGAGGACUGCCCCUACCGCCACGUCAAGGUCAACCCAUCAGCCCCUGUCUGUCUUGACUUUGUCCAUGGACAUUGUAAAGCAGGGGAAGAGUGUGACAAGCAGCACAUUUUGAUUUGUGAGGAGUUCAAGACUGGCAAAUGUCCACGAGGAGCGGCAUGUCCCUUGUCUCACCAUAAAGGGCGAAAGCGGAUCAGGAAGGUAUCAUUCUCAAAAGACUCCAACAGAAAGUACAACAUAUCCAUAUACAGGAAGAGAAAGAGAAGUGAAAGCCAGGAGGUGUUAGGAGCACCAGUGACCAAGAAAAAAGUAGAAAAGAAAAAGCAGGAAGUGAGACCUAGUUCUUCCCACCAGAGAUACUUCCAUGUUAUGGCAUCUGAAGAAAGUGAGGAUAAGGACACAGAGGAUGCUCCUGAUAAUAGUGAGCUGGAUGAUAAUGCAGGGCAAAGGGUGCUGCAUGAAGAAAGAUCUCAACAUAUCACCAAGACACGACCAGAAGCUCAAGGUCUCGGGGUUGAAGUACAAAAAGACAAAGUAGUAUGUGAUAAUCAUAAUAGUAAAUCAUCCUUUCAAGAAACAAGGUCUAGAGUUCUGAAAAAAAUUGACAAGAUCAAGAAAUCUUAUUCUGCUUACAAUUGUGAAGAUUGUAGUGAAAAUCCAGAAGAUUCAGACAUCAGUAGUAAUGUGGGAGACUGCAGACAUGAGCCUAAGGAUUCCCAUCAUGCAGGCAAUACUAAGAGAGAAAUUGCUAAGUCUGACACUUACGCAGCAAUUGGUGAAGUGUCAGUGCAGGACUGCAGUGACACCAAAGAUGCAGACAGUGAUGCUAAUAGAGUACAAAGGCCUCCACUUCCAAAGAGAUUGCCAUCUUACAUCCCUCUUGACUCUGCAUAGGAGAAAUGUAUGGCUUGUGAUGUAACUGUGAUACAACUUUAGCCUUGAAGGUAACACAAAUACGGUAAGUACUCAUUUUCUACGUAUAAUACAAAUAUUUUUGUCUGAAAGUUUUUGUGCUAGUUUUGCAGUUUUCUCCCACUUUUUGCUAUACAUGUUUGAUACUGAAAAGUUAGACUUGGAAAUGUUAUGUAGUCAUUUGUAGAGAAUAUAAUAAGCAAAAAUGGUAUUAUGCUUUACAGAAGCUCAAUACAAACUUAAUACCUAGAAAGUAAAUAGAUUUAACAAUUCAUCCUUGCAAGUGCAACAUUCAUAUGCAUAAUAAUUCUGUUGUGAAUGGUCUGCUGCAGGGAUAACAUACCAGGUACACCGUCAAGCAUCUUGGCCAUGACAUAGGUGGCAGGAGGAGUCAGUGUAUUCAAGCCCCCAUGCAGUAUACAUAUAUAAUACAUGUGCAUACUCAGCUAAAGGUUAAGGCUUGUAGUGUGUUGCAAGAGCUUAUACUGUGGCCUUCUCAUCCCUUGUCUUCUGUUUCAUAGCUGAAACUCUCCAUUGAAAAUUUAUUAGGAGUUAAGGGAAGGCCAUGAUCAACAACUUGCAAAUCAUGGAGCACACAACACAAACCUUGGCACUGUGCCCACACAUCAAGGCACAAAGCUGGGAAUACAUGGAGCAUUGCCUUUGUAAAACUACCAUUUCUUCAUAGUGCAUCCUUUCAACAGAUUUUAUGGAGAAUUGCUUGCUAUCAGAAGUGGUUUUUGACCAAUGAAUUCACCCAAAAUGAUUUAGAGGUGUUACAAAGGUCAUACAUUUGUAACAGCACCUUCAUGCCCUUGUAGUUCUGGUACAUUUAUCAAUGAAAAGUACUCUCCCUUAAUAAGGAUUUCUCAGCUGGAUUUUUGUGGAAGAAAUGGCAGAUUUACAGUGGAAAUGCUCUCCAUGUAAUACUGGCAGAUGUAUCUAUAUUGUUUGCAUGAACAUUUUUUGCUUCCUCAGGAUGCUCAUGAGAAAUUUGUUUUCUUGUCCUGUUGUCAACACCUUUCUUGUACGAGACAAGUCAGUGUUGUCUUCUUGUGUUGAUUAUGCCUGGAAUUAUCUGUGUAAGCUACAGAAAUAAAUCAACACUUCUCAAGUCAUAGAUGUCGGGAGCUAAAACCAAUUAAUACUUAUAAUUUUUUGUUCCCAUUUUCAUCAUUUCACAGUAAUGACAAUAUUGGUACUAAAGGUCCAUUGCUUUAAUUUGCUCCACCAUUAUCUUAAAUGUCACCAUAUAUUGUGGCAGUAAUCUGUGUGAAAUGCUACAUAGAUAUACCAAAAAUAAGAUUGAGAAAGCAUAAUUUUCUUCCUGUAAUGUUAAGUACCACCAGUUUUGAUUUUGGAUUUGUAGUUUGAACCAAAAAGGAUGAAACAAAGGUUUGUGCCAGAAAUUAUUUUUAUGUGGAUUUCCUUCAUGGAUGUUAGCAUUGUAAUAAGUGGAUUUGUAUUUUUGGAGGUAAGGUAUUUGUGUUUGAUUUUCUCUGUGUAUCUACAUCUUCAAGGUUUACUGGAAGGUAAGUAGUAACUUAGAAUUCUGUUUGUGAUGACUCCCAAGCUGAUGUUUAGUUGGUGUUCUACAGGAAAUAUUUCCUUCAUAAAACUGUCCUUCCUUCAAAGUGUUGUUCAUUUACAGAGAUUUGGAGAGAUUCUUGUCCAAGAAUUUCUUAGAAAAAUAAUAUUGUCUGAAGAGUUUUUUAUUAAAUCUGCAUUGAAUGCAUCACAAGAGGAAAACAGUUUUACAAAGGAAGCACUCACAGUAUAAUACCAGCUUUAGAUUGGAAGUGAGGUCUGGAUCUUGGAUGUUGAAGAUGUGAUACAAAGUCAGUGUGAUACUUUGUCCAUUUUGUGAUGUCAUUUUGUGAAGUAAUGUGUUCAUAGAUCUGGAAGAAAUAGGUUUAAUAAGACUACUUUUUUAAUAAAGGUGUAUUUAUUCAA